CUGACACACACGUUACAGACACUAACUUGACCAAAAUGCUUUGCUGUGGACCAUCAUUUUCUCCCACAAAACUCUCUCUCUAAAUAAUGUUAAUUGCUUCAAGAACCCUCCCAAUUACAUCUACUAUCAAUUAAGAUUAUAACCAAGAUUGUAUGCACAACUGAGAAAACAAUCAGUCCUCUCUCUCUCUGGGGGAAUGAAUAGUGUUCAAUAAAUGAGGAAAUGGAUGAGUGUUGAAGAGAAGCAACAUAAUCUUGUCUGUCUGUGAUUUUGUAUAAGAUUUCAUCUUGUUCUAGGAUUUUAUGGAACGCAGAGGUGAAGAGAGGGAUAUAGGUUUCAAUCCGGAGUCGGAAUUGAAGCUGCCGCUUGCCCCUAUUGUUUCCACUCCGCCGGAUAGGAGGGGAAAUGCGGUGGCGUCGCUCCGCCGCGGCAGCGCCAUUUUCAGCCCUAGUCAAACCCUAGAUCACCGCCACCGCCAAAGCCACAAUCUCAGCCCUCCGCCGCGCCCGCCGCUUGUGCUCAAAGACCCCUCCCCAGAUCCAGAUCCAGAUCCAUCCACCCCAAGAGCUGAAGGCCCAUCCAAUUCACGGACCCCGCCGUCGCCGCCGCCUCAUCCUCCUCCUCCUCCUCCUCCGCCGCCGCCGCCAGAAGCUCCAAGCAAUUGCGUAAUCAGAUACCGCGAGUGCCUCAAGAAUCACGCGGCGAGCAUGGGCGGCCACGUGGUCGACGGAUGCGGAGAAUUCAUGCCCAACGGAGACGACGGCACCGCCGAGGGUUUGCGCUGCGCCGCCUGCGACUGCCACCGCAAUUUCCACCGGAAAGAAGUCGACGGCGAGGUGGCGCAGCCGGCCAAUUUAUACCAAUUCCGCACGCCAUUGCUCCCCUCCCAACCCUCCGCCGCCGCUCAUCACUCGGCCCAGGGCGGGUUCGCGGCGGCGCCGGCGAUAAUGAGCUUCGGCGGCGAUGAGUCCUCGAGCGAGGAUCUGAACAUGUUCCAGUCCGGAGGCAGCGGACAUGCAGCAUUGCAAUUGGGGUCGAAGAAGCGGUUCCGAACGAAAUUCAGCCAGGAGCAGAAGGAUCGGAUGCAGGAGCUCGCGGAGAAACUGGAGUGGCGGAUUCAGAAACAAGACGAGCAGCUAGUGCAGCAGCUCUGCCAAGAAACCGGCAUCAAGCGCGAGGUUUUCAAGGUGUGGAUGCACAACAAUAAGCAGGCUAUGAAGAAGAGGCAAAUUUGAUGAUCAAGAAGAAGAAGAAGAAAUGAAGAUGAUGAUCUUUUAAUUUAGGUGAGUUAGCAUCAUCAUUAUCAUUAGUUGAUUAAAUUAAUUAAUCACCUCAUUCUUCUCAAUUCGAACUAGCUAUGUCCUAAUUUAGUAGGAUUAAUUGACGGCGCCCUAGCUAGGCUACCUCUUUUGUUACUACAUUCUAAUAAUAAACAGACUGAUUUAUCUAA